CGCUUGCAGCUCAGAAUAGGCACUGGCUUCUCCAGCUCUCUGUCACAUAUAAGCUGAAGACUUUGACAGCUUCUCACUUUGCUGUUUGACCAAUAAAGAAUAUUAUCAUCCAUCAAGCUUUGACUGCUUCUCUUCAGAAUGAGGGUCAUCAUACUAACACUUUGCCUUAUUGGGGCUGUAUAUGCCAAACCUAUUUCAUUUAAUGGCGUGGCAGAAUCUAGUGAAUCAAGUGAAUCAAGUGAAUCAAGUGAAUCUUCUCAAACUGGAGGUUCAUAUAAUAUACAAUCCUAUCAACAUAGCACCUCCCACCAGCAGAAUGGAGGUUCAUAUGAUCCACAAUCCUAUCAACAUUACCCUUAUCAGUACCAUCAGCAGAGCUCUGAAGAAAAUCGGCAACAUCAAUCUCAAACUGGAGGUUCCUAUGAUCCACAAUCCUAUCAACAUUACCCCUACCAGUACACCCAGCAGUCUCAAACUGAAGGCUCAUAUGAUCAACAGUCUUAUCAGCAGUACUUGUACCAGUACUACCAACAGGCUCAGAGUGGAGGCUACUAUGAUCCACGAUCCUAUCAGCAAUACAUCCAACAGUACCAACAGCUUCAGAGUUGGGAUCCUUCUUAUGCAAGUACUGACGACCAAGUCACAAGUCAAUCAGUGCAGCACGCAGCCGACAUCAGCGACACCACCAGCGAGGAAGGGGACACAGGCGACACACCUGACACUGUUGACAAUGAUGAGAGCGCCAGUAGUGACAGCAACGAGGCCAGUGACAUAAGCCAUGCCAUCAACAGCCAAAGGGAGAGUGAUGUGACUGACAGCAGUCACAGCACCAGCGAUAAAACAAAUCAGAGGAUUGACAGCUCAAGUAGUGUAAGCACCGAGAGCAGUAACUUCAGUGAGGCCACCAAUAGUGACAGCAAUGAAUCCGAUGAGAAUACCAGAAGUGACAAUAAUGGGUCAAGUCCAACCGAUUACAAAAGUUAUACCAUCAAGAGCCCAUUGGUAAAUAAAGUUAUUUACAGAAGUGGGAGCAAUGGUGGGGAAACUGAUCAGACCAUCAAGGGUAGUGCUGGCACCAGCAGUGAAAGCAGUGAGACCAGUAAGGCCAGCGACAACACUAGUAGUAAAAGCAAUGUAACAAGUGGUACUCGUGACAGUACAAAUCAUGAAAGCAAUGAAGCGGACAACAGCAGCGAGAGUGCCAGUGAUGAGAGCACAGAGUCUGGUCAGGUCAGUAACAGCCCCAGUAGUGAAACCCAUGAGUCAGUUAACGCCAGUGAAGUAAGCUAUGUCAUCAAGAGCUCACUCGUAAGUGAUGUGAUUGACAGCAGUGAGAGCACCAGUGAAGAAACUAUUCAGACCAGCGUGUCCAGUGAUAUCACCAGUGACGACCGCAGUGCAAGUGUGACGAGUGACAUCAGUGAUACUAAUAAUGCCAGUGAUAGCAGUGAGUCCAAUGAGAGCACGAGUAGUGACAACAAUGGGUCAAGCCAAAGCAAUGGCAAACGUUAUACCAUCAAGAGCCCAUUGGUGAACAAAGUUAUUUACAGAAGUGGGAGCAUCAGUGGGGAUCCUGUUAAGACGGGCAAGGAUAGUGAUGGAACCAGCAGUGAAAGCAAUGAGACCAGUAAGGCCAACAACAGCACCAGCAGUGAAAGCAAUGAAACAAGUGGCGCACGUGACAAUACAAGUCAAGAAAGCAGCAAAGCAGACAACAGCAGUGAGAGUGGCAAUGACGAGAGCACUGAGUCCAGUCAGGCCAGUAACAGCCCCAUUAGUGAAACGCAUCAGACACUUAAGGUCAGUGAAGUUAGCUAUGCCCUCAAUAGCUCACUGGUAAGUGAUGUGCUUGACAGCAGUGAGAGCACCAGUGAAGAAACCAUUCAGACCAGUGUGACUAGUGACAUCAGUGAUAUUGGUCAGGCCAGUGACAGCAGCGAGUCCAAUGAGAGCACUAGUCGUGAUAGCAAAGGGUCAAGUCAAACCGAUGACAAAAGUUCUACCAUCAAAGCACCAUUGGUUAAUAAAGUUAUUUACAAAAGUGGAAAUAAUGGUGAGGUAGCUGGUCAGACCAACAAGGAUACUGAUGGAACCAGUAGUGAAAGCAGUGAAACAAGUGACACUCAUGACAGGACAAGUCAUGAACGCAACAAGGCAGACAAAAGCAGUCAGAGUGCCAGUGAUGAGAGCAAACAGUCCAGUAAGGUCAGUAACAGCCCCAGUAAUGAAAUCCAGGAGUCAGUUAAGGUCAGUGAAGUAAACUAUGCCAUCAAGAGCUCACUGGUAAGUGAUGUGAUUGACAGCAGUGAGAGCACCAGUGAGGAAACCAUUCAGACCACCAUGACCAGUGAUAUUACCACUGACGACAGCAGUGAAUCCAGUGACACUAGUACUCAUGAAAGCAGUGAAUCCAGUGACAUUACCAAAAGUGAAACCACUAAGGCCAGGCAUAAAAGCAGUGAGUCCAGUGACAGCAAAAGUCAAGAAAGCAGUGAAUCCAGUGACACCACUAAGGACGAUGACUCCACUAGUCAUGAAAGCAAUGAAGCCAGUGGCACCAUCAGUCAGGAAAGCACUGAAACCAGCAAGGCCAGCGACAGCACCAGCCAUGAGAGCAGUGAAACCAGUAAGGCCAAUGACAGCAACAGUCAUGGAAGCAGUGAGGUGCACCAAAGCAAAGGCGCAGACUGCAAGGACGGGAAUGAGAGCUGUGAGAGCGAGGAAUAUUUCUUCCAGGACAUAGGUGACGACGCCCACUACUCAAUUGACAAUCUCAUGGUGUCAGAUGAAGACAACAUGGAGUUACGUCUGCGGAGAAGAUGACCUCACCUAAAACAAGUUUCCCAUGUUAACUUCAAGAUUACUGAAGCUGUCUGAAGGUUUUAGGUGUAACAUAAGCUAUUUUUUUCUACUCCUGAAAAUUGAUAUUGGCAUCAUAAUGUUACUGUGUGUGUGUGUGUGUGUGUGUGUGUUUACUAAAAUAAUUUUUUACUUGUUUUCACCUGGAGUGUAUCCAUAGUUUUCUACAUUUUGUGUGUUUUAUGAAAAUAAAUCUUUAAUUUUUA